AUCUAUUUCUUGUCAUUUAAUCAAUGUCAUGUUUCAUAAGCAUUGAUCAAAUGUUUCACAGCUUCUUGUACAUUGUACUAUCAUUAUUCAUACACUCCGAUAACAUUGCUAUUCGCUCAUAUCUUGCACCAGAUGAUGAUAACGACAAUAUCGAUGACGGUAAAUGUGAAUUAGUAGGGACGUUCUCGCUUGUAACACAAGCAUUUUUGGGUCUACUUUGCUUAUCUUCCUUGAUAGUAAAGAGAUCUUACGAGUGGCCUGCAAGAAGAACUUGGCCUGUGUGGUUCUUUGACGUUUCAAAGCAGUUGUUGGGGGCGUUGGGAGUACACAUAUUUAAUGUUGCUCUUGCAAUAAUUAAGCUGAAAGAUGACCUUGAUAAUGGACCUUUGACGCCUCCAAAAGGCGAUGAUGACAACAAUGAUGAUGAUCAAUGCAGCUGGUACCUUUUGAACAUUGUGUUUGACUGUACUAUUGGUGUAUAUGUGUUGUAUCUUGUUUUCCGAGCCCUCAACAAGGUAUGCCGAGACUGGUUUCAUAUCACCAACAUCAAGUCGGGAGAGUAUGGAGACCCUAACCGACCUAGUAUCACCGCUUACUGGAAGCAGUUGUCCAUUUACUACAUCUCGUUAAUCAUCACCAAGGGCAUACUAUUUUUGUUUAUGAACAUGUUCGAAGUGCAAUUACUUUGGAUCACUUCUCAUAUUCUUUUGGUGUGGCUUCACGACUAUCCAAACGAGGUGGAAAUUUUCAUGGUUAUGUUCAUGAUACCGGUCUUCAUGAACUGUUUGCAGUUGAUCUUGGUGGAUAACAUCAUCCAAAACCCAUAUUUUAGACUCAAAAAUAAGUUGGAAAUGGAGAAUGGCGAUGAGGAAUCUACGAAUAGCGAUAUAACAAUCCCAAAUGUCCAGGACGUCGACACAGAGCAGAGCAAUAGUGUCGACGAUGUCUCUAGCCAUUUGGCUAACAACAGUAAGUCCAGUUAUGGAACCUUUACGUAAUGGUGAGAGUUGCAUAUUUAUUAGAGUAGCUAACAACAAUAAUAAACCUGAUAAUAGCGUUAUUACAUGUAUUUUCUAUUCUUCUGUGUUUGAUAUGUACAAGGUGAACUUUUCUGGUUAAAUAUUGACAUGUGUGGAAAGAUCUGAGUUUAGGCAAUUUCAAAUCCAUAACCUUUCAUACAAACUUUGUAUUGGCUAAUAAUGGAGUCACACUUUCCACUCUCCUGUCCGUUUUGCAAUAAGCAAGCAUCUCUGAUCUUCUUCUCGUCGAGACACACGCAACAAGGCUUGGGCUUUUCUGUACUUUUGGUUUCUUCAGCCAUGAUUCGCUAGUAAUUAGUAAUGGUGC